AUGCCCCUGACUCUGCAAGACCCAGGUCCAGCAUUGCGGGUGCUGGCCUAUGCCCCCAGCACCAGCGGCAAAGGCGCCAUGGUCUGGAAGAUGAACGACAGGUCUCGGUAUCCCGGAGAUCCCCAGGGCCAGGCCUUCGUUGGUGGCGUGAAGCAGUACAUGGCAGUGAAGAAGGUGAACGACAUCGAUGUUGGCACGUGGGACUUCUGGGAUAUCAUGGACCUCCUGGACGACAAAAUCCUGGACAACUCCGCAGGAAUCUUCCAGUCGAGCGGAAGUGGAAGCAUGGGCAACAAGCCGGCCGAACUCCCUGUGAAUAUCGAGUACGUCGAGUUCUCCGGGGCUACGGCUGCUCCGGCUGCACCACCCGCCGGAGGAGAGACGUUGGUUGAUCGUUCUGACGAUCGCUACAAGGACCUGCCCCCAGACGCCACCAUUCGAGAGUACAAGAUUCCAGUGGCGCCUGCCACUUAUGCUCCCCAGGCUGUGGAAGGCCUCCGUGGCGCCGUGGCAAGCAUGCCGGAGCCAACGAAUCACGUGGGCCCACGGUACAUGGGGCCAAACUCCUUGAACGAGGCCAGCAUCCGCGAAAUGCUGGCAGCCUUCAAGAAUGGCCAGCUGCUUCCGAUGAAAGAUGCCUACAAGCUGGCCAUUGAUGCCUUUGACUUGUUGGUGAAGGAGAAGACCCUGGGAAGAGUGGACGUUCCCGUGGGCAAGAAGGUCACUGUGGUUGGUGACUUGCACGGACAGCUCUUCGACUUCGACCACAUGCUCAGCCUGGCAGGAUUCCCCUCGGCGGAGAACCAGUUCCUGUUCAACGGUGACUUCGUGGAUCGUGGUCCCUGGAGUGUGGAGGUGAUGUUCACCAUCCUGGCGUUCAAGGUGUGGCAGCCCAAUGCCGUCUACAUGAAUCGCGGCAACCAUGAAGCCGAGAUGGCCAAUCACUUCUACGGCUUCUUUGGCGAGGUCGAGGUGAAGUAUGAGAAGCGCAUGAUCGACCUCUUCGCCGAGAUCUUCCGCGCCACGCCUCUCUGCCACGUGAUCAACAACGAGGUCUUUGUUGUCCACGGCGGCAUCCCAGGACCAGACCCCCGCGUCUGGUGGAAGGGUCGGGGCCUCUGA